AUGCUUCUGCUACCGCGCACGCUAUUUGCCCUGGCCACGUGCUUAUCAUUUCUCCCAGCCACGCAGGGUCAGUCCCCGUCCAGCCCAGGUUUCGCCAUCGUCGAAUCCAAGAUCUAUCCUGGCGCAUCCAUCUCGUUCAAGGAGACCAACAUUUGCGAGACAACGAAGGGGGUGAAAGGUUUCAGCGGCUAUGUCAACCUGCCGCCGUCUCCAGCUGAUGGCCGCGGUGUGCCCAUCAGCACGUGGUUCUGGUUCUUCGAGGCCCGCAACAGCCCUAACACAUCGCCACUUACCGUCUGGCUGCAAGGUGGCCCUGGGUCUCCGUCCAGUCCCGCGGCCGUUGGUGAGAACGGUCCCUGCAGAGUUCUGAGUAACUCCAGGGACACGGCUUCAAAUCCUUGGUCGUGGAACACCAACUCCAAUAUGCUCUACAUCGACCAGCCCGCCGAGACGGGUUUCUCAUACAGCUCGCUGGUCAACGGAACAAUCAACGCGCCGAAGAGCCCAUUCACCGUCGGAGAGCCUCAGGCCACAAACAGCUCCAUCAUCGCCGGGACAUUCUCCUCGCAGAGUCACACCUUUGCUCCCAACACUACCGACGUGACUGCAGCUGCGAUGUGGCAGUUCUUGCAGGUGUUCCAAGAGUUCCCGACCAAAGGCUAUAGUUGCGGCCACGGCAAGAUCAGCAUCUGGGGCGAGUCAUACGGUGGACACUACGUCCCAACGUACUCGUCCUAUAUUCUUGCCCAGAAUGAGAAGAUACGCCGUGGGGAGUUAGCCAAGACCUUUCGGCCUCUAAAUAUCGAGACGGUCGGGUUGAUCAACGCGUGCAUCGACGCCGAGACGCAAAUACCCAAAUACCCUCUCAUGGCUGUCAACAACACGUAUGGGAUCAAAAUCUACAAUGACACUGUUCACGCAUCGACUGUUUCAUCGCUCCCGCAAUGCAUGGGCAUGGUCAAGACUUGCCGCACCAUGGCCAAGUCGCAGGACCCACAAGGAUGGGGAAGCAACUCUGCCGUGAAUAAGGCCUGCUUCGAUGCCUUCCAGUUCUGCUUUGGCAACGUAGCACGGGAGGAUGAUUUGGGACUGUUGGAUUCCGCUAUCAACAAGUUCGACAUUGCUGGCCAUAAGCUCUUCAACUUCCCGCCUCGUUGGGCAGCUGGCUAUCUCAACGAUGGUGACGUCCACCGGGCACUCGGUGUGCCACUCAACUUCACUGGUUACUCGACUACCGUCUCGCAGGCCUUUGGUGUUUCCGGUGACUUCAUGAAGGGCAGAAAUCUCGCCAUCCUUGGUGAGCUGCUCGACCAAGACAUUCAGGUUGCCUUGGUGUAUGGCGACCGCGACUAUCAAUGCAACUGGUACGGAGGUCAAGCCGUCAGUCUCGCAAUCAAGUCCAAGUUAUCCGCCGGCUUUCAGAGGGCUGGCUACACAUAUUUGCAGACCAAUGAGUCAUACGUCGGAGGUCUCGUGCGCCAGUACGGGAAGCUCUCUUUCUCGCGCGUAUUCAACGCUGGACACGAAGUCCCUUAUUUUCAGGCCGAAACUGCGUGGCAAAUCUUCGAUCGCGCCAGCUCUCACAAGGAUGUUGCCACGGGCCAACUUGCUGCUAAUGACUCCACGUACGCGACGAAGGGUAAAGACUCGGCCUCAACCACCGGCGAUGUGCCCUUCAACUUCGAGGGCACAGUGAGCUGCUACUUCUGGGACAUGCAGGAGACGUGCACGCCUCAGCAAGCAGCCCUGGUUGCUAACGGCAGUGCUAUCAUGAAGGAUUAUCUCUUGAUUGGGGCCAAGUUAGCCGACGGGACUGAGCUCAAGUUUUGA